UUGCUUUUCAUAAUUUUACCAUUUUAUAAAAAUGUCAAUUUUACUCAUAAUUUUUUGGGAACUUUUAAAACGGGUGUCCUUUGGCAUUGUGCUCAUUUUAUUCUCCUUUUACCGUACCCUUCUUUCCGUUCUCCUGUUUUAGGGCAGUUUGUUUUGACUUUAAUAUAAGUUUAGACGUAAAAUGAUUAUCUAUAUUCAACGUUUAAUUUUGACAAUUGACACCCGAGCGGGUAAAGGACUUCGCAGAGUUGCUAUAAAUGGACUUAAAGAUGUUGAUGGAAAGCCAGUAACUGAAGGACAGAGAAUUGGCAGUCAACACAGUGCUUGGGACACUUGGAUUUUAGAGGAAUGGAAGUCUAAUGUGUACUCUUCUGAGCUUCAAAAGCUUACACGGUAUAUUUUUGGGUACUUUGGGUUGCCCUUUCCACCGCUUCUCCACUUUAAUUGUUUUCAAGUUUUGGUAGUGACAUUGGGUUUUUACUACCUGUUCAGGGUACCUGGGUUAUAUGUUUUUUGUUCCCGAGGCUUCGAAAGAUCCUUCGAAAGAUCCUUGAAAACUGAUUCAAACUAG